GUGUUGCAUCACCCGGGAUGUCCGCUGUGCCGCCGAAGAAGUAGCACAGUCGCGUAGCCUGAAGUGGCUAGGUCAAUGCUAGCAAGGUAACACUAAUGGUUGUUCUUUCUUUUGGGCGUUUUCCACCCUUUGUUGACUCGAUAUGGGAAAGAGAGACAACCGAGUGGCUUACAUUAACCCCAUCGCUGCUGCACGAGCCCGGGGGCCCGCGCAGAACGCCGGACCAUCCAUACAGGAUUAUUUAAGCCGACCCCGACCAACAUGGGAAGAGCUGAAAGAACAGCUGGAGAAGAAGAAGAAGGGCUCCCGAACCCUCGCUGACUUUGAGGAUAAAAUGAAUGAGAAAUGGAGGAAAGAACUGGCAAAAAACAGAGAGAAGCUGCUGGGCGGAAGUGAAAAGGACAAAGAAAGAGACAAAAAAGUGACAGACAAAGAAAAAGAGGAGAAGAAAGACAAAAAAGAGAAAAAGAAGAAAGAGAAGAAGAAAUCUAACAGGCAUUCUUCAUCUUCCUCCUCCUCAUCGAGUUCUGAUUCCUCCAGCAGCUCCUCCUCAGAGUCUGAAGAUGAGGAUGAAAAGAAGAGCGUGAAGAAAAAGCGUAAGAGAAAGAAGUCGUCAGCCAGGAGAGCAUCGGACAGUUCCGAGGAAGAAUCAGAUGCCGAUAGCAAGAAGAGGAAAAGAAUUAAGGAAGAAGGUGACAAAGACAAGGACGAGAAGGCCCGAAGAAAAAAAAGGAAGACGGAGAGGAUUCAUAAAGACUCGUUUUCAGAGUCAUCCGUUGACUCAGAGGAGGAAGAGACUGAAGCCAAGAAGAAAAGGAGAAGUAGUGAGGAGAAAGAGAAAUUCACAGACAGAUCCAAGAAGAAGAGGAAAAAGAAGCACAAGAAACACGGCAGAAAAAAGAAGAAGAAGGCAGCAUCUCAGUCAGAGUCAGAGCUCGAUUAACAGCCGUACCUUCGCGGUUCUCUCCGUUCACAAGUCCAGAUCACCAGUACAGUUCACCAGUAGAAACACUUUUGCCUUUUGACUACCAAAAACCUCCCCCAUCCCGCUUUGGCCAUCACAUUUGAACAAGGAGACCUAGAGACUUUUAAUGCUGGGGUUCUGUAUGUAUGUGUGUGUGUGUGUGAAGUGAAAAUGAGGAAUGCGUCUGUCCCUCUAAGUACUACCGGUACACCUUUUUGUUUAUUUUUUAUUAUUAUUAUUUUUAAUAGAUUAACGCUCUUGCACUCAGCGGGAGGACUCAACCACAUUGCAGAUUCCAGUGUGCCCGAUGCUCACCACCACCUUCAGUAUACUGGCCCUCAAGGAGUUAACUCCCUGUGCUUCAUGCCUGACAUCUUCCAUUGCUACGUGAGGCUGUUAUGAUGGUGCCUGUGUCAUGCAUGUAGACUCUGCCAGCCUCAUAUUGAAGUUGGACCUGUAAUAAGAAGUGUGAUCUACACAGUCAACAUUAAUACAAGGGAUAAUUGUUUUGUUAGAUGAAAUGUUACACAAAAGUGUAAAUGUAUAAACUAUGGGAAUCCAUGAAUAAAGUAUUGUUUUAGCCUUUGUUGCUGUUACUUAGUAA